AUGAGUGGACCCGAACCGAAUGGUAUAGUAGAAAGAACGCGUGCGCAGACCCUGUCAUUACCGGUGGAACUAUCGGUCGAGAAAAUCCAAGACUUUCAAGCGGCGUUCAGUAUUAUGGACAUACAAUCGAAGGGUUUCGUUGGUCCUGAGGAUAUAAAUCAAGUCGCGCAAGCGGCAGAUAUGGUCUUGGAAGAAAAUGAAGCACAAUUAUUGCUUGGGUCAGCAGACGAAGAUCACUCCGGUGGAAUUGAUAUGAGAGAAUUCAUUUCGAUUAUGACAACACCGAUUAAUCAACAAGAUCUGGAAGAAGAACUUCGUGCAACAUUUCGAGUUUUUGAUAAAGACGGAAACGGAACGAUCAAUGCUAGUGAAUUGAAACGAUUCGUUCGAUUAUGGGACAGCGAAUUAACGGAAGAUGAAGCCGAUGAUAUGAUUGGACAAGCUGAUCCGAAUAAAACUGGUUCGAUAACUUACGAUGCAUUCGUACAAUUUCUUCUUCACACAUAA